AUGGCAAACAUGAUUCUUUCAGGAAGAAAGAAUUUGUCUAAUCAGCCACUAUUGAAUCCUAAUGCAUUAAACACAUCUUAUAGUCGGAAGCAGCAAAAAGUAAGAUUAGUCCUCAUUGCUUCAGUUUUAUCAUUCUUUGGAAUUACUUGUGUUUAUCUUUCCAAGUAUUUACCUACUACAGCUACUUUGCAACAGGAUUCAGUGACUACAAGCCAUUUUUGGGAUAAUAAUAACCCAACUAUGACAAAAGUCGUGUCAUCAGGUAUUUCUUUAGCCUCUUUCGAACACGGUCUUGCUAAAUGUCAAUAUAAUAAAGAACAAGAGCAAAAUAAAGCAAAUACAAAUAUAAAUCGUAUUAGACAUCGUAAUCCUCGUGCUGUUCCUAAUGCUCCUAAUGUCUUGAUUCGUAAUGGUCAUAUCUGGCUCAAGGACCACUAUUUAAAGAAUGGCGAUAUUUAUAUUAAAGAUGGAUUGAUUGCUGCUGUAGGAAAAAACUUGGAUGUGCCUAAAGAUACACGUAUUAUUGAUGCGGGAAAUCGUGUCAUAACUCCAGGUCUUAUUGAUAUGCAUUCUCAUUUAGCUGUUGAUGCUAUGGGUGGUUUAUCAGCUAGUGAUGAUACAAAUGAAAUGACCACACCUACUACACCCUAUGUUCGUGUCAUUGAUGCUUUGAAUCCAACUGAUCCUGGUAUCAAGAUAGUGGCUAGUGGAGGUAUUACGACUUCAUUGAUAUUACCAGGCUCUGGUAAUUUGAUGGGCGGUGAAGCUGCUGUAAUUAAGCUGCGACCUACUUCUACUCUUUCUAAUCAAGAUAUGUUGAUUAGUGCUGGUGUUUCAGAAGAAGAUAAAGAGUUUGUUUGGCGUUAUAUGAAAAUGGCUUGCGGUGAGAACCCAAAGUCUUAUUAUGGAGGUACUCUGAAUAAAAUGCCUAUGACACGUCUUGGUGAAAAUUAUCUGUUUCGUCGUCGAUUUGAAGAGGCACAAAAACUAAUGCGAAAGCAAAAUGAUUGGUGUGAUGCAGCUACUCAAAUCUUGAAAACAUUUCCUAAAAAUAAGGCUAUUAACGAAAAUAAGAUAACGCGAUUAGCUGAACCCUAUCCAGAAGAAUUACGUUUAGAAAGUUUAGUAGCUCUUUUACGUAAACAAGUUAAUUUAAAUGUUCACUGUUAUCUUCCUCAUGACCUCGAAGCUAUGGUUCGUCAUUCAGUUGAAUUUGAUUUUGAAAUUGCUGCCUUUCAUCAUGCUUUAAGUGCUUGGCAAGUACCUGAUGUUAUUAAACGUGCAAAAACAAAUAUAACAAUUGCCACAUUUGGCGAUAUGUGGGGUUAUAAGGCUGAAGCAUGGGACCAAAAUGUUCAUGCUCCAAAGAUUCUUGAUAAGGCAGGAAUUCCUGUUGCCUUUAAAAGUGAUCACCCUGUAACAAAUGCUCGAGAUGUUUUAUAUGAAGCACAGAAAGCAUAUCAUUAUGGAUUUGAUGAACACAAAGCACUUGCAUCCCUUACAACUGUUCCUGCUCAUUCACUGAAGCUUGGACAUCGUAUUGGAAGUAUUGAAGUUGGAAAGGAUGCUGAUAUUGUCAUUUGGGAACGACACCCCUUGCGUUUAGGAGCACGUCCUAAGCAUGUUCUUAUUGAUGGUAUUGAAAUGAGCUUUAAAGAAUCAUGGACAAAAACAGUAACAGAGGAGGAAGAUAUCGUUUUAAAAGAAGAUGAAGCAUCGUCUACCGUUCAUAAUGAAUAUGAAAAAAAACGUCACCAUUUACCUCCUUUUCCCAAAAACACAAUGCAUUUAGAAGAUCAUGGUUUAGAUAACCCACUCUCGUUCCAAGAUGCUUGCUCUCAAGGAACGGAUACAUUUGUGUUGCGUAAUAUCAGUGAAAUUUAUAUGAAUUCUAGUUUUACUUUACGUGCAAGUGAUUAUCAUGGACAAGGACUUUAUAUGAUUGUUGACAAGAAUAUAAUUACAUGUAUUGGUAUUCAUUGUGAUCGAGAUCACUUUGAUUGGCCAGUAUCGAGUCCAGUCUUUGAAAUGAGUGGCGCUGUGAUUAUUCCAGGUAUUGUAUCAAUGGGUGUUCCUCUUGGAUUAGUUGAAAUACAAUCUGAAGCAACAACACAAGAUGGCUAUGCUAAAAAUGAUAUCUCUGAUUCAGAUUUAUACAAGAAAAUAACAAGGGCUGUAGAUGGACUUAAACUAAAUGGUUUACAUCUUCAAAAAGCAUUUAAAGCAGGUGUUACUACAGCUAUUUCCCAGCCCAUGGUGGAUUCAGAACUGUUAGCAGGAAUCUCAGUUGCGUUUCAUACAGGUGUAGAAAAUACUUUAUUAGAUACCGAAGAUGGAUUAAUAAAAGAAGAAGCAGCUUUACACUUUGUUAUUCAACAUUCAGGAACUAUGCCCAUUUCGAAGCAGAUCGCAACUAUUCGUCACUUGUUUAUUUCGAAUAUAAAUUCUGAGCCAAAUCAUAAUGUAUUUGCACGUGCAGCAAAAGGAUUGAUACCUGUAGUCGUUCAAGUGGAUGAUAAAGAUGAAAUAACAUCUCUUUUAUUGAUGAAACAAAAAAUUGCGUCAGAAUAUGGGUAUGAUUUGAAACUAGUUAUUCUUGGAGGUUCUGAAUCUUACCUUGUUGCAGAACAUUUAGCUAGACUUGAUGUUCCUGUCAUUUUGAUGCCAGCACGGUGUAUGCCUACCACGUGGCAAUCUCGAUUUUGUUUGACAGGUCCACCUGUAACCCCUUAUACGGGUUUAGAUCUAUUAUUAAAGCGUGGUGUUCGAGUUGCAUUAGGUAGUACAGAUGUAGAUAAUGGAGAUGCUCGUAAUUUAAUCUGGGAAGCAGGUUGGAAUUUAGCACAUAAUCAUGAUUUCAGUUUACAAGAUGCUGUAGGAUUGAUUACAUGGAAUGCUGCAGUCAUCUUUGACUUGGAAAAAGAAUAUGGUAUUGGUAACUUGAAAAAGGGAGGUAAAGCAAGCUUUGUUGCCUAUAAUCAAUCACCCUUUGAAUUUGGUACUCGUGUGUUGAUGGUUUAUGGAAGAGGUCAUUCAGGACCCACUUGUUUUCCAAAACAAGUUUAA